UUGUUGUUCUGGAUUUUGUGCGUUCAGCUCCACUUUCAUCUCUGAGAUCACUGGAAGAGGACUCUGGAAAAUGAGCACUGUUUUGAGUCGCUUGGAUAGCCGGUCGCCUGCGUUUUUAAAGUGAGAAAUGGAAAAGCUGCCCUUUAGGAGAUAAACACCUAUUUAGGUUGCACACGGUGCCUCCGAUCUUACAGCACCUCCGUCUGUCUGCAGUACCUUUGAAGUAGGUGCAAAUGCCCAACACUUCAAAUCUGCUUCUCCUUACAAGAGGGUGAGAAAAGCAAGUUGCCAUGGGAAACCAGUUAACAGAGAUUGCCCCCAACACACCGUUCCUGCCCAACUUCCAGUCUCUUCACGUUGUGGUGAUUGGUUUGGAUUCAUCAGGCAAAACCUCGCUUCUAUACAGGCUGAAGCUGAAGGAAUUUGUUGAAACCAUCCCGACUAAGGGAUUUAACACUGAGAAGAUUAAAGUUCCGGUUGGAAAUGGCCGGGCUAUUACCUUCCAGGCGUGGGAUGUAGGUGGUCAGGAGAAGCUCCGGCCAUUGUGGAAGUCUUACACGAGGCGCACGGAUGGCAUGGUGUUUGUGGUGGACUCUACAGAGGUGGAGCGCAUGGAGGAGGCUAAGGUGGAGUUGCACAAGAUCACACGUACGUCAGAGAACCAAGGAGUGCCGGUGCUCGUGUUGGCGAACAAACAGGACCUUCCAGUUGCACUACCGGUGUCUGACGUAGAAAAGGUUUUGGCUGUACACGAACUGAGCGCCUCCACCCUACACCAUGUGCAAGGGUGCAGUGCGGUCGACGGGCAGGGUUUGCAGCUGGGCUUGGAAAAACUCUAUGAUAUGAUCCUCAAACGAAAGAAAAUGGUGCGGCUCAGCAAGAAAAAAAGAUGAGCUGGAUGGGUUUAUUCCACUUGUGAAGCUCCAUGAAGGACUUUCGUAGCAUUUUGCAGCAAAUCCCUAAAUGAAGGAAAUGCUCCAGAUGGCCCGGUGGUCAGGAGAAAACAGAUUUGACCUUUAUGUGUCACACACACACUCACAGUAUUGAACUGCUUUCUUCCAUGCCUAGUAAUUUGCUGUGCUGCUUCCCUUUGUAAUCAAGGAAUAUGUGAUAGCAUUGAUAGGCCCUAGUGUCAGCAGAAUUAAAGCCUACGUCCUUGCCUUUUUUUCCCUUUUCUUUUUAUUCCAAGCGAGACUGAAUCAUAGCUUGGCAACACUGAUUUCCACCAGGCUUCGGUCCUCAUUUUUUUUCAAUACACUGAUUGCCAGUGCCGCUAUAAUUAAAGGCCAUAUAAAUGUUCACGCUAUGCUAGUUGUGAAACUGAAGUCUUAAGCGAAUCACAGAGAUUCACUAUUCACAGAUCUACGUUUUAGUUGGAGAAAUGUUUGUUUUUACAUGCUGUAAAUAGUUUUGUAAUGCUGUAGAUUUAAUAAAUUAUAGAUGGCUUUGUCACAGACGGCGAUUCAGAAGCUGUAUCUUUUAUUCUUGAGGCUGAGCAGAUUUUGCUAAAAUAAAUGCUAAUUAUUAUUAUUA